AUGCCACCAAUACCUCAUCCGUCACGGAGUGGUGUGGAAGACUGGGACCUCAUGGAGAGGUUCUGGGAACAGUGGCAUCUUCAAGUACCUCCGCGCGGAGCCCGAGGACCACUACUUCUUGCUGACAGAGCCUCCACUCAACACACACCGGAGAACAGAGAGUACACCGCCGAGAUUAUGUUUGAGAGUUUCAACGUGCCCGGUCUCUAUAUCGCUGUACAGGCGGUACUGGCGCUGGCAGCAUCGUGGACCUCGAGACAGGUGGGAGAGAGAACCCUCACUGGAACUGUCAUUGACUCUGAAGACGGCGUCACUCACAUCAUCCCUGUGGCUGAGGGCUACGUGAUUGGCAGCUGCAUCAAGCACAUCCCAUCGCCGGGCGCGACAUCACCUACUUCAUCCAGCAAGCUGCUCGCAGAUAGAGUCUGGGAUUCCCCCGAGCAGUCCCUGGAGACUGCCAAGGCCAUCAGGCGACGGCCAAAGUCCUUGAACAUGGUGGAGCCUCCAGACAGCACUAUGUUCUGGGGAAGACAGGCAAACUUCUACAUCGGGGAUGAAGCGGAUGCGGCGGUGGGCUAUGCCACCAAGUACCCCAUCCGUCACGGAGUGGUGGAAGACUGGGACCUCAUGGAGAGGUUCUGGGAACAGUGCAUCUUCAAGUACCUCCGUGCGGAGCCCGAGGACCACUACUUCUUGCUGACAGAGCCUCCACUCAACACACCGGAGAACAGAGAGUACACGGCCGAGAUCAUGUUCGAGAGUUUCAACGUGCCCGGUCUCUAUAUCGCUGUACAGGCGGUACUGGCGCUGGCAGCAUCGUGGACCUCGAGACAGGUGGGAGAGAGAACCCUCACUGGAACUGUCAUUGACUCUGGAGACGGCGUCACUCACAUCAUCCCUGUGGCUGAGGGCUACGUGAUUGGCAGCUGCAUCAAGCACAUCCCCAUCGCCGGGCGCGACAUCACCUACUUCAUCCAGCAGCUGCUCCGAGAGAGGGAGUCUGGGAUUCCCCCCGAGCAGUCCCUGGAGACUGCCAAGGCCAUCAAGCCCAAGCCGAUCGAGACGCAAGUGAUCACUCACCACAUGCAGCGAUACGCUGUGUGGUUUGGAGGCUCUAUGCUGGCCUCUACUCCGGAGUUUUACGAGGUGUGUCACACAAAGAAGGACUACGACGAGCACGGACCCAGCAUCUGUCGCCACAAUCCUGUGUUCGGCACAAUGUCCUAACCUUUUACCUCCGCGCACACACAGUGUGCGUGUGUUAUUUACUCCAUACAAAAACUCUGUAACAUCAGUCUAGGCUUUUCACAGGGUAAUUUAUCGUUUUCGACUUAGAAUUCACAAUGUCAACGUUGUUUAGUGCUGUAUUAUACAUUUAUUGUUUAAAAAAACAUGCUGCGUAGUUGGCAGUGUGCAUUAGCGAGAUAUCGUGUUUUUUGAAAGUUGUGUAAAUUUAUUGACAAUACUGCUUUGUUUUAGCAUGUUUUAGAAACGUC